AUGGCUUUAUUAAAAGACGAUACAGCAUUUACUCAUGUUAUAGCAAUAGAUUUUGGGACUGGAGCUUCAGGGUAUAAUAUGAGAGUAAUAAAUUUUUAGAUUUGGAUUAGCUCCAAGAAUUUUAGAUAAAGAAGGCAAACCAAGAAUAGAGGUUUUCAAUCCAUGUGAUGAUUCAGAUGAUCAAAAAACUCCAACUGCUAUUCUGUUUGAUAAUAAUGGUUAAUUUAUAGAAUUUGGAUCUUAAGCACUUUAAAAAUAUGCAAAUAUGAUUGAUGAUGGUGAAACAGCCCAUUUGUUUUAAAAUGUAUAAAAUAAUUAUAAAAUUCUAAGUAUAAAAUGCAUUUGUAUCAUAUGCAUAAUUAAGGUAGAUCAUUAGAUAAUCGUGAAUUGCCAUUGAUGAUGAUAAUAAGAGAAACAUUAAAAUAUAUAAGCAAUAAAGCAAUUUCUAAAUUAAAAGAAUAAGUAGGAAAAGUAAUACCUACUAAAAUCAGAUGGGUAUUAACAGUUCCAGCUUUAUGGAGUGAGGAACAUAAAUAGUUUAUGAGAAAAGCAGCAGUUGAAGCAGGUAUAGUAGAUCAUAUAAAUUCUCCAAAUUUAUUGCUUUGUUUAGAACCAGAAGGUGCAUCUAUUCAAUGUAGAGAAGAUGCUGAAUCAACAUUAAAAGAAUAAAUGGCAAAACAUUCGGUUGUAAUGGUAUUAGAUUGUGGAGGUGGUACUGUUGAUAUAACAGUACAUAAAUUAUUAUGCGAGCCAAAUGAAAAAUUUCUAUGUAAUGAAUUAAUACCAUCUUCUGGUGGUUGUGAAUGGGGAUCUAAAUAUGUUGAUCUCUAUUUUGAAGAAUUUCUAAAGGAGUUCUUAGGAGAUAAAUUAUUUAGAUCAUAUCAAUUAAAUGCUAUUGCUCGUUUAGACAUUUUAAGAGAUUUUGAAAUUCUUAAAAGGAAAUUUAAAGGUAAUAAAGAUGAAAAAUGUAUGAUCAAAUUUUCAUAUUUGGGAGAAGAAUUAAAUACAAAUAAAUUAUCUUAAUUAGUUAAAGAACAUAAUUAAAAACAUCCUUCAGAAUAUCAAGUUAAAUUAAAAGGCUUAUCUAAUGUUGAAAUUCCUUCAGCACUUAUGGCUUCUUUCUUUUAAACACUUUUUGAAAAUAUUAAAAAUAAGGUUGCUUAAUUAUUAGUUUAAGUAGAACAGAAAAAAGAAAAAGUAAACUUUAUAUUUAUGGUUGGAGGUUUUAGUGAAUCUCCAUUCUUGAAGCAAGAAAUUAUAAAAAGAUUCGAAAAUAAUACAAUUUAAAUUUUAGUACCAAGAAGACCAUAAGUUUCAGUAAUAAGAGGAGCUUGUUUAUUUGGUUUAAGUCCAAGAUCAAUUACAAGUAGAAUAGCUAAGAAAACUUAUGGAAUAAAUACAUUAACAACUUUUGAUCCAGAGAGACAUCCUAUUAAGAAAAAAGUAAUAAUAGAAGGAGAAGAAUUUAGUGAGGAUGUAUUUGAUGCAUUUGUAAGAAAAGGAGAUGCUGUAGGGUAUUAUUAUAUUUACUAUAAACAUUUAGAUGUGAUGAAGUUCAUACUAAAAUAUAUUGUCCAGUUAGAUCUAGAUAAACAAUAAUGAGAAUCAUUUUCUAUGUAACUGAAAAAAGAGAAGUAGAGUUUGUUGAUGAAAUAGGAGUGUAAUAAUUAGGGGAAUUGUGUAUAGAUAUUGGAAAACCAUUAUAAUCUGUAGAGGAUAAGACAGUAAAAGUUACUCUUUUAUUUGGUAAUACUUGUAUUUAUGCAACUGCCACAAAUAAAGAUGGAACUGAGAUUAAAAACUGUGAAUUCAAAUUCGAAUGUGGGCAAUGA